UCUAACGGAAUAUUGGGACAAGUCCGUUACAGUCUGCGCCAGGGCUCGUACCGCGCUCGUCAAGAGGAAAAAUCAAAACAAUGAACAUGGCGGAGCCGAGCAACGAGGCUGCCUCCUCGAGCAGCGUUUCAGAGCAGGCCGCGUCGGUUGCACCGAUGCGAGACGAGCUUGAAAAGGUCGAGGAUUUCCUCGAGCCCGACAAGAAGCGUCGUAAGCAGGUGCGCGGCGAUGGGAAAACCGAGCAGAAGUUGGAGCACCGAUUGGGCGGCAUCCUCUGCUGCGCAGUUUGUCUUGAUCUGCCCAGGGCGGCCGUCUAUCAGUGUACUAAUGGACACUUGAUGUGUGCUGGUUGCUUCACUCAUGUCCUCGCAGAUGCCAGGCUACGAGAUGAAUUGGCUACCUGUCCUAACUGCAGAAUUGAAAUCAGCAAAACGUCUGCAUCUCGGAAUUUGGCAGUUGAAAAAGCAGUAUCUGAAUUGCCGGCAGAAUGUCAAUAUUGUGCCAAGGAAUUCCCACGGAAUUCCUUGGAACGUCAUGAAGAAACGAUGUGCGAAGAAAGGAUAUCAAGUUGCAAAUACAGUAGGAUUGGUUGCCCAUGGCGAGGUCCAAACCAUGAAGGACCAGAACACGAAGCACAUUGCGUUCAUCCUCAUCGCACUGGAGCAGAUGUUAUGGAAGCUUUACGCGACAUUGACGCUCGUACUUUAGAAGAACGUAGGCUCUAUGACAAUGUCUUUGAUCUUUUGUCCUACGAAAAAAUCACUUUCAAUGAUUUACAAAUGAAGCCGUACCGUACCGAUGAAUUUGUUCAUAAAUUGUUUUAUGAAACAUCUCGUUUCACGGCAUUCAAUAAUCAAUGGGUCGUGAAAGCGAGGAUCAACAAUAGUCAACGCGAUCCUACUCAAAGUUCUGAACGUGAUAUAACUUACCAGUUAAUUCUGAAAACGAAAACAACAUAUCCUCUACCCCUGCACUAUUUGAUAUUGAAAGGACCUUUUGGUGAUAUGAAAGUACAACCAAGAAUCCAUAGAUUUGAAUUCACAGAACAAGACAACGAAAGUCCAUAUUUGCCUAUACCAUUACCAGAUACAGCAGAGUGCAAUAGACUUCUUGCUGCAAAAGCAAUUAGUUUCAGGUUAAUAAUGUUCCUGGCAUCUAAAUAAGAAUAUAUUUGUUAUCGUAAUCUUACGACAACAGAAUGCGAUAACUCAAUUUCUUAAAUAUAAUUAUAAUGAAAAUGUAGAUCACAAAAAGUUAGAACCAUUUAUAGUAACAAUGAUGAUAAAGCUUAUAAUAUGAUUAUAAAAAAAGAUGCUAAUAACAUUAUAGCAAGCAAAAGUAUAUAAUUGAGAAAAGUAAGUUAUUAAUUAAAAUAUAAUGUAAGGCAAUACAUAGCAGGUAUUUGAAGAUACAAACGAUCUAAGAGAAUAAUUUUCUUAGGUGUUUUCUCCCUGCUGUCUUUAAUCAUGUGUGUUUGUAAAUUCUAAAAGUAAAAAAAAGCUAUCGUUGCAAAAUCAUGUAGAAUCUUGUUAAUCUAUUGAAUUAUAUUCGUAAUUUUAAAAACACAUUUCUAAAGUUAGUUUAUUUAGAAUUAUAGUGGAUGUCACAAUGAGUUUAUUAUCACCUUAACUCACGAUUAGUAAACAAAACUUAAUAUAUAGAUUCACUUAUUUAUAUACUAAGUGUUGUUGAUGUAAAAUCUUAUAUUAUUGUAAUAGUAUACAUUUAAAUAAAUUUAUUAUAAUGAUAAAGAAAUUGUAAACUAUGUGCAUAUUAAUGUACCUGUUCGUAACAGGAAAAAAGAAGUUCGUGUUAGAUCGUUAUAGUUGCGUUUUGAAUUGACGACUAGCACGAAUUCGAUUGUCAAAGGAAAUAAAUAUUUCAUAACGAAGUUAAAUAAUUAUUAAUGAUAUAGAUAUUGAGAUGUUAGAUCAUAAAAAAAGAAUUUCUUCAAUUAAGAGUUAGUAAGUGUAUUCUAGGAAACUAUAUACUAAUUCGUAUACUAACUCGUAAUACUAUCGAUGAAAAAAAAGAGAAAAAGAAAGAAAAACGAAGUAUCGAAUCUUUUAUAUCUCGUAAAUGUAUAUAAUUGUUUCAAAAGAUUAAUAAGAGUAUUUUUAAUCGGUUUUAAGCGUUAUGGCGAUUAAAGAAACGAAUCUAACAAUACGAUCGAGUUGAUCAUGACCAAAUUUUUUUCAAAUUGUGUUGCAACACCUACGUACGUAAAAAUAAACAAAAUAUUUGUUUUCGUUAUAUCUAAACACGCGAGUUAAAAACAUACAAUCAAUUGCAAAACUUAACUCAUUUCUGUAUAAAUGGAACGAAAUUUGUUUUUUUAAUAUACGCGCCAAGUGUAUCCUGGUUGGACGAAUCUGUAUCGUACGAUUUUAUUUACAUGCCAGUAACUGAAUUGUCCGAGGUACGUCAUGAAAGUUUGUUAUAUAUAAGAAGCCGCUAUUAGCUUCUAGCUAGUUUAGUAACAGCGAACGUCCUCGGUCUCUAGGUGUUUAGAUAUCAUCGGAUCGACCAAAAGUUCUCGCGUGAGUGCAUUAUAACGACUUCAAUCGUUCAGUUCACAUUCGUCGAUCGGUUCACUUUACCUUUUUCAAGAUAGAUAUAACGCGUAGUAAAUAAGUCGGAUUAUAAUUAUUGACAAUUCGAUGUUGAGUGUGUAUUGAAAAGUGGUAACGUGUGCAACGUGAUUCUACAAUAAUAAAAGCAAUAUCGAAAAUUGAAA